AUGGCUAUUAGGAUCAUUGGUGCUCGUGAAGGUGACCCAGUUCAGUACAAUUCGCCAAUGUGUAAUGAACUAGCCUUGUUGGUUGUUGGUGAUUUUUCUGUUGAAACUUACAAGCGUGAUAUAGUAGUCCAAUGUUUUGAUGGUAAGCUGCAUCAAAUAUCAGCACUACAUCCUGCUCUUAUGGCUCUUCAGUAUCCACUCCUUUUCCCUUAUGGUGACCGUGGUUUCCAAGUUGGUGUCCGCUAUGUUGGUGCAGAUGCAGUGAGGACAUCUUGUCGAAAUAAAGUGACGAUGCAAGAUUACUACCGCCACUUUGCUGAAGCUCUUAGGCUUGAACCUGGGCAGAAGUAUACAGAUAGAUCUGAUCUUAUUGCUAAGGUGUACCAUAUGAAAUUACAGGACCUUUUAAGAGAUAUCAAAGAUGGCAUAGCCUUUGGACCUAUUAACGCAGGAGAUGAUAUUCAACGACGGAUGAAGGAGGUGGCUCGUAAUCAGAAUUUUGUUCUUCCUGCAGAUGAAUUGAAAGUUAUGGUGCUUGAUGAGAUUUCUUUGUUGCUUAGUAAACAUGGUGCAAGCAUAAAAAAUUACAAUCUACCUUCUAAAAAUGAACAAGGAUCAGUGUUCCAUACAAAUAGGCUCAUAGAUAUUGAAAUGUCCUAUGAUUUAGCUGAGUUAGAGGCACAGUCCACGUCUUUGCAUGGCCGUUUGAACGUUGAGCAGCUAGCAGUUUUCGUGCAAAUUGUUGAGUGUGUCUCUCAUAGAAAACCUGGAUUUUUCUUUGUUUCGGGUUUUGGUGGUACUGGGAAAACUUUCUUAUGGAAUGCAGUUGUGUCAUCUUUAAGAUCACAGUCGAAAAUUGUUCUAACUGUUGCAUCCUCUGGGGUAGCUGCUUUGCUUUUACCAGGUGGUAGAACCACGCAUUCACGUUUUAAAAUACCACUUACCAUUGACUCCACUACUAUUUGUGAUAUUAAAAGAGGUACCAUGCUUGCUGAGCUAAUCAUUAAAACAUCACUUGUGAUCUGGGAUGAAGCCCUUAUGACCCAUAGAAACUGCUUUGAGGCCUUGGAUAGAACUUUUCGUGAUAUCAUGGCUGUGAAGAACCAUGGGGCCAAAGAUCUUGUAUUCGGUGGUAAGGUUGUUGUGCUUGGUGGUGAUUUAAGACAGAUCCUUCCUAUUAUAGAAGGUGGCACCAGAUAUGAGAUAGUGAAUGCGUCAAUUACAAAUUCACCGUUGUGGCGCUAUGUUAAGGUCUUAACGUUGACGAUUAAUAUGAGGUUGUCCUCUCCAGAUCUUGACACUAAUGUUCAAUCUGAGCUUGUUGAGUUCAGCAGGUGGGUGCUUGCUCUUGGUGAGGGAAAACUUCCUGCUAGCAAGCAUCCCUCUAACUCUGAAGCAACAUGGAUAGAUAUACCUCCUGAUUUGUUACUUCAUACUGAUGGUGAUAAGAUUGCUUGCAUUGUUUCUUCCGUUUAUCCAAAUUUCAAAUCUAAUUUUUUUAAUGUAUCAUACUUAUGUAAGCGUGCUAUAUUGGCGCCAACUAAUGAGAUUGCAGAUGAAGUAAACUCAUAUGUAUUAUCGCUUGUGCCAGGUGAUGAGAAAGAAUAUUUAAGCUGUGAUACCAUCUAUAAGUCAGCAGAUACAGUUGGAGAUGCAGAUUUGCUAUAUCCUGUCGAGUUCCUUAACUCGGUUGAACUAAACAAUUUUCCUCAGCAUCGGCUUGUUCUCAAAAAGGGUGUCCCUAUCAUGUUGUUGCGCAACCUUAGCCAGAUGGAAGGAUUGUGCAAUGGAACUCGUCUUAUCGUUACAAACCUUGCUGAACUGGUCAUCGAAGCGGUUAUUAUCACAGGGACAAAUCUUGAACAUGUUGUUUACAUUCCUAGAAUAGUCUUGUCAUCACAAAAAAACAAAAUGCCAUUCACUUUACAGCGCCGCCAGUUUCCUGUUAAAGUAUCUUAUGCUAUGACUAUAAAUAAGAGCCAAGGCCAGACCCUAGAUAAUGUUGGUGUCUACUUAAAAACUCCUGUUUUUACCCAUGGCCAGUUAUAUGUGGCUGUAUCUCGCAUGAGGUCAAAGAAGGGCCUUGUCAUUCUAAUUGAAAAUGAUGAUGGCUCAACUGGCUCUAGGACUAAAAAUAUAGUGUACACUGAAAUUCUCUCGUGUUUACAAUAA